AAGAGAAUCGAAACAGAAACUAGAGUCAGGAAAACUAUAAAAACUUCCCGGCCUGCAGCUGGACUCAGCUCCCACCGGAGAGUCAGAGGUGUCGCCCCGGCCCCUGCGCGUACCUCAGAGUCCAAAGGACCGCGCCCACCAGGUGGCACCUGCCACGGCUACAUUCCCGGGACGCGCGCGCUGCGCUCGGUGCCCUCUUGUCCAGGUGCGACCGCAGCCCCGCGCUCGGCCGGGAGACCCUGCGGCAGCCUCAUCUCGGUCAGAUACAGUGAGCAGACCCUGCUCCUCCAGGUAAGCAGCGGGCGCAGCACACACAUUCCACCCGUCCACUCCCCGGACAUCAACCUGACCGACCACCUACCUGGGAGAAUCCUCCCUUCUGAGAAGGAAAGAUGUCGAAUGGGUGUUCUAAAGACAUUAGUUUCCGCUAUCUCAUCGCAUGUUUCAGGCCUAGGUUGAAAAUGUACAUCCAAGUGGAGCCUGUGCUGGACUACUUAACCUUUCUGUCUGCAGACGUGAAGGAGCAGAUUCAGAGGGUGGUCGUCACCUCCGGGAACAUGCGCGCCGUUGAACUGCUUCUCAACACCUUGGAGAAGGAGGUCUGGCAACCUGGUUGGACUCAGGAAUUUGUAGAAGCUCUCAGGAGAGCCGGAAGCCCCUUAGCUGCCCGCUACGUGAACCCUCAGCUCACCGACUUGCCCUCUCCAUCAUCCGAGAACGCUCAUGAUGAAUGUCUCCAAUUGCUGACCCUCCUUCUGCCCACUCUGGUGGAGGAGCUGCUGGUUAGCGAUGUCUUGGAUAAAUGCAUGGAGAAGCAACUGUUGACACCUGAAGACAGAAAUCGGAUAUCUGCUGCAGAAAAUAAUGGAAAUGAAUCAGGUGUAAGGGAGCUACUAAGAAGGAUCGUGCUGAAAGAGAACUGGUUUUCUACAUUCCUGAAUAUUCUUCGUCAAACAGGAAAUGAUAACCUUGCCCAAAAACUGACAGGCACUGAUUGCUCAGAAAGCAAUGCAGAGAUGGAGAAUUCAUCCCAAGAAGGUGGUCCUGAAGUUGAAGAGCCACUUUCUUUAGCCUCAGAUCAGCCAAGUCCAGAGAAAGAGGCCUGGGGCAUGGAGAAUAAUUCUUCAGAAUCAUCUUUUGCAGAUUCUUUUGUAAUUUCAGAAUCAGACACAAGUUUGGCAGAAGGAAGUGUCAGCUGCUUAGAUGAAAGUCUUGGACAUAACAGCAACAUGGGCAGUGAUUCAGGCACCAUGGGAAGUGAUUCAGAUGAAGAGAAUGUGACAGCAAGAGUAUCCCCUGAGCCAGAACUCCAGCUCAGACCUUACCAAAUGGAAGUUGCCCAACCAGCCUUGGAAGGGAAGAAUAUUAUCAUAUGCCUUCCUACAGGGAGUGGGAAAACCAGAGUGGCUGUUUACAUUGCCAAGGAUCACUUGGACAAGAAGAAAAAAGCAUCUGUUCCUGGAAAAGUUAUAGUUCUUGUCAAUAAGGUACUAUUAGUUGAACAGCUCUUCCUCAAAGAGUUCAAACCAUUUUUGAAGAAAUGGUAUCGUGUUACUGGAUUAAGUGGUGAUACCCAAAUGAAGAUAUCAUUUCCAGAAGUUGUCGAAUCCCAUGAUGUUAUUAUCAGUACAGCUCAAAUCCUUGAAAAUUCUCUUUUAAACUCAGAAAAUGAAGAAGAUGCUGGUGUACAGUUUUCAGACUUUUCCCUCAUUAUCAUUGAUGAAUGUCAUCACACCAACAAAGAAGCAGUCUACAACAACAUUAUGAGGCGUUAUGUGAAACAGAAGUUGAAAAACUGUAGACUCGUGAAAGAAAACAAACCAGCAGCUCCCCUGCCUCAGAUACUGGGACUAACAGCUUCACCUGGUGUUGGAGGGGCCACAAAGCAAGCCAAAGCCGACGAACACAUUUUAAAACUUUGUGCCAAUCUUGAUGCAUUUACUAUUAAAACUGUGAAAGAAAAUCUUGAUCAACUCCGAGACCAUAUGAAGGAGCCAUGCAAGAAGAUUGCAAUCGCAGAUGAUACCAGGGAAGAUCCAUUUGAAGAGAAACUUAUAGAAAUAAUGACAAAGAUUCAAACUUACUGCCAAGUGAGUCCAAUGUCAGAUUUUGGAACUCAAUCCUAUGAACAAUGGGCAAUCCAUAUGGAAAAAGGAGCUGCAAGAGAAGGAAAUCGGAAAGACCGUGUUUGUGCAGAGCAUUUAAGGAAGUACAAUGAGGCCCUACAAAUUAAUGACACAAUUCGAAUGAUUGACGCAUAUAAUCACCUGGAAACUUUUUAUAAUGAUGUAAAAGAAAAGAAGUUUGCAGCCCAAGAAGACAGUGAUGAAAGUGUUGACAAUGAUGAUUGUGAUGGUGAUGAAGAUGGGGAUAAUUUAAAGAAAAUCAUGAAACUGGAUGAGACAGAUAGAUUCCUUAUAACUUUAUUUUUUGAAAACAAUAAAAGGUUGAAAAUGCUAGCUAAAAACCCCCAACAUGAAAAUCAAAAGCUGACCAAUUUAAGAAAUACUAUCAUGGAACAAUAUACUAGCACUGAGGAAUCAGCACGAGGAAUAAUCUUCACAAAAACACGCCAGAGCGCAUUUGCUCUUUCCCAGUGGAUUACUGAAAAUGAAAAAUUUGCCGAAGUGGGAGUCAAAGCCCACCAUCUAAUAGGAGCGGGGCACAGCAGUGAGUUCAAGCCCAUGACACAGAAUGAACAAAAAGAAGUCAUUAGUAAAUUUCGCACUGGAAAAAUAAAUCUGCUUAUCGCUACCACAGUGGCAGAAGAAGGGCUGGAUAUCAAAGAAUGUAAUAUUGUCAUCCGUUAUGGCCUCGUCACAAAUGAAAUAGCCAUGCUCCAGGCCCGUGGUCGAGCCAGAGCUGAGGAGAGCACCUAUGUUCUGCUUGCUCCUAGUAGUUCAGGAGUUAUUGAACGUGAGACAGUUAAUGCUUUCCGAGAGAAGAUGAUGUAUAAAGCUAUAGACCAUGUUCAAAAUAUGAAAGCAGAAGAGUAUGCUCACAAGAUUUUGGAAUUACAGAUGCAAAGUAUAAUGGAAAAGAAAAUGAAAAUCAAGAGAAGUAUCGCAAAGCAUUAUAAGCAAAACCCAUCGCUGAUAACUUUCCUUUGCAAAAACUGCGGUGUGGAAGCCUGUUCUGGGGAAGAUAUCCACAUAAUUGAGAAGAUGCAUCAUGUCAAUAUGACACCAGAAUUCAAGGAACUCUACAUCAUGAGAGAAAACAAAGCACUGAAAAAGAAGUUUCCCGACUAUCAAACAAAUGAAGAGAUUAUCUGCAAAUGUGGCCAAGCUUGGGGAACAAUGAUGGUACACAAAGGCUUAGAUUUGCCUUGCCUCAAAAUAAGAAAUUUUGUAGUGGCUUUCAAAAAUAAUCCAACAAAGAAGCAAUACGAAAAGUGGGCUGAACUGCCUAUAAGAUUUCCCGAUCUUGAUUACUCUCAGUGUUGUUUGCUUAGUGAUGAAGAUUAGCAUUUGAAUGAAGAUUCUUUUAAAAUACUAUCAAUUUAGUAUUUGACAUGAUUAUGACUAAUGUUUUAUGAUACUACAGAAGUGAUGGGCAAGUUAAUAAAACCAUUGCUUUAAUCUG